AACUGGAACUUUGUGGUUUGUUAGUUUGUACAUACUUCAGGAAGUGAUGUUCUCUGUGAUGUUUUCUCAUAAUCACAGCUCUGAAUGUCACAUUUCCAGAAGCUGCAGCUUAAUGAUCGUAUGAUGGUGCUGCAUUUUAGCUCGAUAUGUUUCAGUGUGUGGAUGCUUUGGCGUUGUUUGAAGUUUGUCAAAGGGGGUGAAUUAUGUCAAAACCAAUGCAUUGAUAAGAGCAACAUUUCUGCUGAGCUCCAGUCUGACGUCCUGCUGCCGUGUAACUUUAAUCCUGCUCUCCUCGGAUCAGAUAAGACUGCAGAUAUAGCAGUAGUGUGGCGUCAGAGGAACACAACAAUACACAAUCUAGUGGAGAUCACUCUACAGGGAGUAGCGAAGUUCUGGAACUAUAAAGGUGGACGUAUCAAGGCGUUUCCUAAGCUCUCUGAAUCAGGAAACUUCUCCAUUCUCCUUCAGAAAGUGCAGCCGUAUGAUCUGAGUCUCUACCACUGUGAGCUGUUUAAUGGGACCAACUGCAGCAUUGCUUAUCAGGAGCUACAGCUUGGUCUUGCUACUGUUUUCCUUCAGGCGAUAAUCAUCACAGGCGCAUCAGCAGGAGCAGUAUUUCUGUGUUUAGUCAUAGUAUGUGUCUUCUACAUAUGCAAAAAACGAAAGCACCUGCUGCACCCAGAGAGCGAUCGCGGUUGUCCAUAUGAUAACCCAAUCUAUGUCAGCUACACAGUACAGCUCAGCCAUGGCGAGGACGCAGCUCCUGAGAGUGAAAACCCGAUCUAUGACACUGCUUGGAGCAGAGGAGGCAGCAUGCGAUGAAAGCUCAUACCUUCAUCAGACGCACAAAUGCUGGAGAAGAAUUUAUAUCUGAGAACUAAUACACCUUUUGGUCAUUACGACACUGUUAACUUGUCUAACAAUAAUAUGUGGUCGUGGAAUAAAUUCAGAAUUGAAAAAUUAA